CUUUACCGGUAGCCGGAAUUUAUUUAGCGUGUGCUACGCAAUCUCACUAGGAAGCGAGCAGCUGACGCUUGAACACGGUUAGAAAAGCUUGCAAUGCGAGACAACUUCAACUUCAGCAUGUUACCGAUCGUCCAAGACAACAUGAACUACAUACCGGGGGUUAGAAGCCUGACGAACCUCUCCUCCAACGGCUACUACGGCUACCAGCCCCCCUUGCUGGAGAAAGACAGAGAGGAGCCGCCGGCGCCCCACGCGUGCUUUAUGGAAGUGCAGUUCGAGAGCGUCGCACAGAACAACUCCGGAAGCCGGAAACGCGCUUGGGACUUUUGCAACGAUUUGAGGGACUUCAAAAAACGGCGCCAAAACGAAUGUAAUCCUUUCGCCUGUCAACAACUCUCAGCAAGCCCAAAUAGAGACGCAAAGUUACGAAAACCAACCCAUAAUAUCCCCGACAUGCCGCGAUGCAUCAUGGGUCAUUACAUAUAAAUCAAUAGCCUAGAUUAAUAUAAUAGUCGAAUUUACGUUGCACCCUCUCAACUUCGGUUUUUUUCCUCAGAAAAAAUAAGUGCCAACGCGAAGAAAAAAACCGAUCCGAGCGAAGACUUGUUCGAAGAACUGCUUAAAGAAACGCACGGUUGUACACUGUAUCAUUGGAAUAGCGAUGGCUUGUAAAUCAAUUUUUUGUGAGGAAAUUGUCUCACGCCUAACCGUUUUUUGUAUAAGCGACUACACAUUUCUUUGUACAUUUUCAGGCCACAGAAGUGAGAAACUCGGUUGACUUAGCGCUAAAAGUUUCUCCGCGUCUCUGGUUAGGAAAUGCUCGUAGCUGUUAAGGCUUUUGUACGAUUAGACAAGUUUGUAUUUUUGUAUAUGUUCGUGAGUAAUAAAGUUUGAGUCAGUUUUGA